AUGGCUGGUGAUAAUGAAAUAACUGUAAAUGGAACUAGAACGGAAACCGAAGACAGUCCAAGAGAAAUCGGCGCGGCCUUGGAAAAGGUGAUUGAACAUGUCGGUGAAAUGGGGCUAUAUCAAAAGCUGCUGUUCUUCAGCAUGCUCCCCUUCGGAAUGGUGUGGUCUUUCGUGUACUUCAGUCAGAUGUUCAUCACGGCCACCCCGCAAGAGCACUGGUGUCGCGUUCCAGAGUUAGAGGAUCUAAGCGUGGAAUUGAGGCGAAGUCUAUCGAUUCCCGGAGCUGCGGACGGCGGUGAAUAUGAUCAUUGCAAUAUGUAUGAUGCCAACUGGACCUUGGUGCUGGAGACAAUGCUGCCUCCGGACCCAAGUACCAACACAGUACCGUGCCAGAACGGCUGGGAGUUCCUAUUCGAGGAUAUACCGUAUUCGACCGUUGUCAACGAGCGUGAGUGGGUUUGCGACAAAGCCGGAUACGUGCCGUGGUCCCAAGCUAUUAACUUCUUGGGCUCUAUUUUCGGAGGAAUUCUUUGUGGCACCUUAGCUGAUAAGUACGGUCGGCUGCCUGUACUAAUUUUGGCAAACUUUCUCGGCUGCUUGGGCGGUGUGGCGACCAUCUUCACAAACAACUUCUGGGAUUUCUCCGUCUGUCGUUUCAUCGUGGGCAUGUCUUGCGACAGCUGUUUCUUGAUAAUUUACAUUCUUGUUUUGGAGUUCGUGGGCACCCGCCACAGAACUUUCGUGGCGAACAUGUCGAUCGCGCUUUACUUCGGCGGCGGAUGUCUUCUGCUGCCGUGGUUGGCGCUGUGGCUCUCCGAUUGGCGGCACCUGAUGCUGGCUACCUCGCUGCCGAUGCUGGUUGCCGUUCUCACGCCCCUUAUUGUACCCGAGAGCGCGAGAUGGUUGGUGUCGAAAGGUAGAGUUGACGACGCAGUGAAGCUUUUGAAAAAGUUUGAAAGGAUCAACAGAUCGAAAAUCCCGCAGAAAGUAAUGGAUGAUUUCAUACUCGUGGCUAUCACCACCAAGGAUGAUGAAGAGAGCAUCUGGUCGCUGCUACGGACGCCGUCGCUCCGCAAAAUGGUGGCCAUGCUGGUGGUCGCUUUCAUGGCGGUGGCCGUCACAUUCGACGGCCUCAUCCGCAUGUCGGAGAACCUGGGGCUCGACUUCUUCCUCACGUUCACCGUCACGGCGGCCGCGGAGAUACCGUCCAUCGCUCUGCUGGUCGUGUUGCUGGACAGGUUCGGAAGGCGGUUGCUCGUGUUUGCUCCGAUAAUGAUAUCAGGCGUCAUAGCGUUCAUUAUGACGUUCGUGCCUCGCGGCGUCGCCACGGUGUCCCUGGCGGUGGUGGCGCGCUUCUUCACGAACAUGUCGUACGGCGCGGUGAUCCAGUGGACGCCGGAGCUGCUGCCCACCUCGGCGCGAGCUGCGGGCGCAUCCCUGGUGCACAUCAGCGGCUUCGCGGCGGUCAUCUUCUCGCCGUUCAUCGUCUACUCGGAGCGUGCUUGGGAGGGUCUGCCGCUGGUGAUAGUGGCCGCGGUGGCGCUGGUUGGCGGUUUGGCGGCGCUCCCGUUGCCGGAGACGGCCGGCAGGGGGAUGCCCCAGACCAUGGACGACUGGCGCGCCCUCGCCGACACCGCGCCCUUCCGGAGAAAACGGAACAUCGAGGAGAACUCAUCGGAUACCGCGGAGAACAGA